AUGAAAUUGCCCGACGGCCACGGCAGUCUCUACAAAGAGGUGCGCUUUUCUCCGACAGCAACGCCACUUCGUCGCACACAGUCUGUGUCGGGCAGCAACCCCACGACGAGUUCCAAGUAUGGGCACCACCAGGCCUCUAACGCCUCUUCCCGAGGGAAUCUCUUCGCUUUGGAUACUUCCUAUAUCGACCAAUCGCGAGCACUUCUGGAGAGUCAACGGGCGAAUUUCGAGACGGAGAGGGCGCUGUUUGCCCAGGAACGGCGGCUGUGGGACAAGGAACGCUUGCUGUUGCGGUCAAGAAUCGCCGAACUGGAAUCAUGCUUGAAGGGACAGGACGGUCAAUCCAAUGCGCCAGCUAAUCUUGCCCAGCCGAUGUUUGGAACACCGCAGUAUCAUGGAUUCAACGGUAUCGUCUCGAAUUCGGCUCAGGUGUGGGAAGGGACAAGUCCAGGCGGUCGGCCGACAAGGGUGUUCCUUGACGCCGAUGUCCCGGACCAGAGUCACCUGUCGCCGAUCUCCGAGGUGGGUGUGAGCAACCCACCGUCCUUGGAUGCAGCGCUCUCCCCGCAAGCACGGGCAGUUGAUGCGCCCGGGAUCAGCGUGUCGGUACCGAUUGAGAAGCUGGACAGUAGGCUGGAUGGAAUCACGCUCAAGUCGACCGGGUUGCCCCCAGGGGUCGUCGCCCGAGUGAUCACCCCACCAUCCCCGUCGUCCCUAGAAACGUCCCCUGCGGCCGGCCCUUCGGCGUCUGCAAGGCCCAGCGUGGAACAUCGAAACAGUCUCAAGCUGAAGCUGUCAGAGCUCGGCCCACCCAAUGAGAAUCUCGUGCGGGAUGCUGGUCAUACCCCCAUGGCGAUUAUUGAGACCGAUGUCAGUCAGCGCUCCACUGAACAGGCUUCUCCCACCGAGGAGCUCCCCUCGAAAGAGGAAGCCCCUCUCGCCCCCGUGGCAACCCAGGUCCACCAACCGACCGAAACGGGGGAGUCCUACUUCCCUGAUCUGCCUGACGAUCCGGCCCUGAAGGGACCCCUUGGUCUCACCAAUGACGAACAGACUGACUCCAGUUUCCUGAAUGAGUUGGACCAGAAGCUCCUGCACCAGGCGAAGCGCAUCCUGUCCACGUCGGCCACGUCGAAUGACCCCGAUGAGACUGAUGCCGACUUGCCCAGCCAGGGCGACCAAGAAGACCCUGAGAUCAAGUUCAAGAACUCGACCAAUUUUGGCACGGCGUUCGGACUAUCGAGUUGUGGGAAAUUCUAA